UUGCCACUACAGCGAUAAAGUUUUUAGAUAUCUGUUGUGAUUUCGACUUAAACCCCGCCCACCUAUUCCGCCUCAGACGGAAGUCACAUGACCGCCGUCUCUGAAAUAUGCUGUUUUUUCUUUCUUUUUUUUUCUUCUUCACGUUAACAUUAAGUUUUAGUCUGUGGCAAAAAAAAGUUUAGCCACACCUAGAUCUUGUGUGUCCCAUUUACGUCCACAUUAAAAAAAAAAAAGUGAGAGAGUUUUUUUUUUUUCGUGGUGCGUUUGUUUGUGUGUCGGCGAGUCCCGGCGGUGUAACCGGAGAGGGGCCUCACACAGAGGGAAUGCAGGACUGCAAUGGAGCACAAUGCAAUACAGUGGUUGGGUGCUCCCUCCUGCCAGCGAGGCAGCUACGCCUUCUACAAGUCGGUGAGCAGCAGAGCUCAGCCCGACGGACCCGUCCAGGUCUGGAAGCUCGGGGAGUUUUACUUCAUCCGCUGCCGACCGCAGGAUCCGGUUUGCAUCGCUGAGGUGACCUUACUGUGGGAGGAGCAGACCCGGCGCCACCUACUGGCCAGCACCAGACUCUACUUCUUGCCUGAAGACACACCGAAGGGUCGGACCAGGGAGCAUGGAGAGGAUGAGGUUCUGGCCGUGUCCAGGAAGAUGGUGAUCCGGGUGGAGGAUCUGGUCCGGUGGGCGUGUGUCGAGCCGGCAGGUUGGAGCAGCAGCACGAAGCCGCCGCCGCCGCCCAUCAGCGGCUCCAACGGCCUCCACAAACCUCCACAGAGCAGCGACGGCAACAACAACACACCAGACAAGAGCAGCGAGCCGCUCAGAGACAAAACGGACAACGGGUCGGUGGCGGGGCGUCAGGCCGUCAAGGUGCUCAGCUACCCCCAGUACUGCCGCUAUCGCUCCCUGCAGAGGCGCAUCCAGGACGGGGCCAGGGGUCCGGGGCUGCAGGACCCCCACCUGCUGGCCCUGGGAGGCAUCAAGGUGCUGCCCAGCACCCGACUCAUGUACUGCAGGGACACCUUCAACCACCCGACGCUGGAGAGCAGCGCCAGCUUCGCCUGGCAGUUCAGAUGUCCGUCUCUCAGUCUUCGAGGACGACCUCGUAAGAGGAGAGGCCGUGACAGCAGAGACUCCCCCAACUCCAGCCAGUCGGAGUCCUGGAUCGAGAGGAUGAAGGAGAACGUGAUGGGCAGCGUGGAGGUCGGCUGUGAGGGCAGCUGGCUGCCUCACCCCGAGGAGCAGCUGUUUCUGGAUCAGCUCUACGCCUUCAUGGACCGUCAGGGUUCUCCCAUCCACAAGGUUCCCAACCUGGGCUUCAAGAAGAUCGACCUUUUCCUCAUGUACUCUGUGGUCAAACGGCUCGGAGGCUACAAGAAGGUGACGACAGAUCGCCUCUGGAAAGUGGUUUACAACGAGCUGGGAGGAUGCCCCGGCAGCACCAGUGCCGCCACCUGCACCCGGAGACACUACGAGAGGCUGAUGCUUCCUUAUGAAGAGCACCUCAGGGCAGGAGGAGCAGAAUUCAAAGUCCCAGAAUCCCCCCUGCCACCGAAACCGAGAGUGAUACGAGGACGGAAACCACUUCCCAGAGGCAGGAAACCAGGACCCAAAGCCAAGGACAAGAAGGUGGCCUCUUCUGCUCUUUCUUCUCCUUCUAUCGUGAACCCAAACGGCUCCAUGGUGGUGAAGAGAGGUCGAGGUCGGCCGCCGGGAACCCGGAACAAGGCGACACUGAUCGCUCAGGCCAGACUGUUGGCUCAGCAGCAGGCCAAAGUCAAAACAGAGUGUCAGCCGCAGAACCCUCUGAUUCCAGGAAAAGGCAGAGGAGGACCGACGGCCAGCAGCACACACCGGCCCAUCCAGCCGGCCAUCCUGCCCGUCAACAUGCCCCUCACCCCCGACCUGUCCCCCAUGUCCACCCCCUUCCUCCCCUUCCAGCCCAAACCGAAGGACCUGAAGCCGGACCGAGGCCAGUGUGGACCUCCGGGCGUCCUCCUCUCCACGCUGCCUCGCCACUUCGUCGGAGGUUCUCUGGGCGGCUUCAGCCCCAUCAAAGGCGUUUGUCCUCUGGACGUCUUCAGGAGCCGUAUCAGCCUCCAGCGGGGCCCGGAGAGUCCGGCGCUGACGCCUCAGGACCCGACGCAACUCCACCCGACCAUCUUCACCCUGCAGCCCAAAGCAGGAAGCCCCGACACGCCUCACCCCAGCGGGGAGCAGCCUCCGCCCCACCAGCUCCACCAGCACCACAACCGCUGCUCCGGCUGUAACCUGGACGACGGCGGCCAGAGGGGAGGCGGUCGGGACCCGAGGAGCCGGCCGCCGCUGCCGCCUCUCCGGGUUCUGCCCCUGAACCUGGACUGCAGCGUUCAGGUGUGUCAGCUGAUGAGGACUCGUUGUCUGGACUCGUCUCAGCUACAGAGCUUCACCCGCCGCCUGUCUGAGGCCCUGUCUCAGGACCUGAGCACCAAGCCACCCUGCUCCCCCAUCACCCCACCGCCCGAGCAAGCGCUGCCCCUCAACCUCAGCAAGCGCUUCGUCACCAAGAGACCCGGAGCCGAGGGACCCGAGCCGAGCCGGGCCGCCGUCAACGGAAACACCGAGCAGCCAUCGUCCAAGAGACCCAGAGCCGGAUUCACGGAGCAGGCCGAGGACUUCAGCCUGGGGGGGAGGUCCAGCUCCACAGGGGUAGGAGGGCAGGAGGUGGAGGCCAAGAACCAGGAGGAACCGGCGGACCUGAGCUCCCCCAGCAGGAUCCGGGCCUUUCUGCUGGGGCUGCCCCCCUUCCAGGUGAAGCUCGAGGAGGAUCUGAACGGAAUGAGGUUCGACAAGUUUCUCCCGUCAGGAUCCGAGGCCGAGAUGCAGAUGGAGGGAGGCGUGAAGACAGAGAAUGAGGAAAGAAUCAAGUCUGAGCAGGAGGAGAGAGAUCCGGGUUCUGAGCUGAAGAGAGCCGGGAACACAGACACACACUGUUUUUAGCAUUAAUCUGCUCACAUGUUGGAUCUGAAGACCGUCGGAUCAGUCGGGUUUUUGGAAAGAGGAGCAGGGAUGUUUCUUUUCUUCUUUGAGAACAUUUUAACUUCGGUUAUUUCUUUUUGUUUCGCGUCGUUGAUUGAACUUUACAGACCACACAUGACAAUCACACACCAGUUUCUCUUCCUUUCCGUUGGUUUAAGGUAAAAAAAGAAACAGAGGAGUGAGUUUUAAACACUGCCAUAACCUCCAUAACACUAUUAAACUCCACUAUUCAAUGUUCAGCUGAAAUAUUGAAUAAGAUCCACGACUCAAAAUAAACAUCACAUCUAUGGGUGAUGCUAUGCAUCAAGACGUCAUUGACUAGCAUCCAGAGUGUACUGUAGUUUGGUAGUUUCAUUUUUAAAUUGUACUCUACUUCUGUAGAGAGAUAGUUAUUUUCUGAUAAAGUGUUUAGAUGUUAUCUGGAGCUCGGAGUGAGAAUCUCGGAGCUCGGUCUUCACGCUAUAGCUCGUUAAGUGAAGCGUUUCUAUAGUCCUGCUCGUUAGCUCAACUUAUAUAAACUUUUCUUACACAUACGUGCCUUAAUCGGCCUGCGAUCUGCUUCAUCGCUGGCUUCAGAUACAUCCACCUAAAGAGAUACCUUGAUGUUGGACCAGUUUAACUUUCGCUCCUUCCUCCGCAGGGCUGCCCGAGACGUACAAACACGUUUUCCGGCCAAACUUUUAGGUUUAAAUCGGUUUGAAGAGACUUUUGAUACCAGCUUCCAGUGUUUAGGUUCGACACUCCUCACAUUCGUCAUCGCUGCCGCCGUUCAGGUUAGACUUCAUGACAUGUAGCCCCAACAUUCAGACUACCUCAGGUUCUUUUUAGCACGUUGCUUCCCACCGGCUUUAUCUGUUUCAGGGGUGGAGCCUCUCCCAGCAUGCACUGGGGCAGGAUGCGCGUCAGACUGGUGUUAAAGGAAAAGGCUGGAAUUCGUCAAAAAGACCAAAACCAACAUAGGAAGCUGUGCGGCUGUCUGGGACUGUUUUCAGAUUCAUCCACAUUUAUCGCUGGUUUUGGUCUUUUCAUGACAUGAAAGUCCAGAUUUCUCCUUUAACCUGCAGUCUGUGUCUGUAUGUCAUGUUUGCUUGGUGUUGAUUUGCGUCUUUUAGUGUCCAUGCUGACCUCCUAUCAGGUAGUCAGGCAGAGCAACUGUUAGCCUCAUGCUGCUGGUUUUUCCUUAGCAGAGGAACGAAUCAUCUGCCUGGAAGAGGUUGGAAAUACUGUCAGAGUAGAAGAUCGACGCCACGCUCACGUCUGAACACAAACUCUGUCUCAAACCACAAUUUGUAGUUUUACGAGACACUUAAACUCCUUCAAAACCUUAAACUUUUGGUGUUUUUGCACAAAUUCAGCAAACAUAGCGAAGCCAGCGUGUUUCCUCUCUUUUAUCUGUACCUAUAAAGCUACAUACAGGAAGUAGCUUAGCUCAGCAUGAAGACUGUAAACCUGUGGAAACAGUUAGCAUGGCUCUGUUUAAUGUAAACGGUUGUUUGUUUUGAAGAGGUUUUUGGCAAAUUAUUUAAAUGAGAAAUGUAGAAUAAACUGAUGAAAUAUCUCAGUUUUAAGAUGAACUUUGGUCAAGUUUUCCCAAAUAAAAGAUGAGACAUUCAAAAAGCAGUUUUUCUUCAAAUCAAAAUCAAAAUUUUACAGUUUCUGGCUGAACAAUGGUGUCAUUUUGGCGGUUUUGUUUCGAGGUUUGCAAAGUUUGCAUUCGACUUUGUGGCAGUUUGAAGAAAAUGCAGUCGAGUAAAUGUUCAGUAAAUGUUGAAUAAGUCAGAAUUUGCUAUCUCAGUUAAGAUUAAAUGCUAUAAAGGUUAAAAUAGUAGUUUAAUCUUUAAAUGUAGAGCUUUUCUUGUGAAAGUAAAACCCCGUAGAUGCCCCAACUUGACUUGGGAGAAUUUUGUCUCAGUAAAGUGAAUUGAUGAACCAGUCGAAACCACAACAAAAAAUCAUGAUGCUAAGCUAACCACCUUCAAGCAUCAGUUAUUCCCAGGACUGGUGGAAGUAAUGGUGACUCACCAUAUUAUAAAUAUUUUUCUACAUUUUUGCUUUGUGUAAUCACUGCCUACAGUUCAGCAGAAAAAUAUAAAACUUUUUGUAUCGUCCCUGUUGGUCACAGUUGAGUCAAUCAUGGAUUCUUAGUUGCAUCAAGGAACACAAGCUUUUUUCUUUUUCAUUUUUGGUAAACUUCUCAAGAUGUGUCGAAUAAAUCACCAAAAUAUCUAAGUUUUUAGCUGAAUUUUGGUAAACCCAAAUUGUGUCAAAGAAAAGUCAUCAAAGAAGUAGUUUCUCUUUCAAAUCAAAAUCAAACCAAAUGUCUGCAGAGGAACGAUUUUACAAUCUCAAAAAAGUUAAAUACUGUAAAUCAGUGGUUUAAUCCUCUGAAGUUAAACAUUUCUCAUGAAAGUAAUAAAGUCAAUUGACAAAUCAGUCGACACCACAACAAAUAAUCAACAUGCUAAGCUAACCACCUCCGACAAUAAUUGUUACCAGGCCUGGCAGAAAUGUUAAUGACUCCUAUAAAUAUUUUACUGUAGUUUUACUUGGUGUAAACACUGCCUGCAGUUCAGUCCAAAAAUCUCAGAAUUUAUGUCUCAUCCUUGUUGGUCAGAAUUGAGUCGAUCAUGGCUUUUUUUGUUGUGAGAAUUUUGUCUUAUUAGAGUGAAUCCACCAAGGAGUUGACACCACAACAAAUAACCAGUAUGCUAAGCUAAGCUAAGCUAAGCUAACUGCCCCCACAUGUGAGCGUGACCUCAGAUCUUCUCCUCUGAUUCUGACUUGUGACCUGUUUAUCUGAUAAUGAAAUGACUGUUUUCAAACCUGCAGCAUUUUUUUUUUGCUUCACUUCACCAAAGAACGUUUUAGCCGCUCGCCUGCUUCCUCCUCGUCUAAAGUGCCAACGCAGCGACUCCGUAUUGUGUAGCUGAAAAAAUAAACGCCACAAAAACAUCAAGGUAUCCCUUUAAAAUCGCAGCCUUCUGUUUGUUUCUCCACACGUUGGUUCAGAUUUGCACACCUACUGUACUCAUUUGCUCUCCCGUGGUAUAUUUUUAAAAAUAUUUCCUCCUUCGUUCUGUCUGUUUGUUAUUUUAGAAACACCGACGUUAAGUGGUGCUGUUUAUUCUUAGUUAUUGCCAUAUUGUUGUUGUUGUUUGUUUUUUUUAUUUUGAUAAAACUGCAAUUUCUUCUCAUCGUGCCGCAAGUCAGUAAAAGAGAGUUUUAAAAUAUUUUAAAAAGAAUUAAAAGAAACGGUGACUUGUUUAUGGA